GGCCCCAUCUCCAAAUUCUCUCAAAUUAGAAAUCGGCCCCCAUUUCUAGGGUUUUCCUUCAUCGCCCGCCCCUACUCCAACCUUUCUCGAUCACUAUUUGCUCCUCCACAGAUACAUGCCAUGGCAAAGGGGAAGCUUAUACUAAUUUGCCAGUCUGGGGGUGAAUUUAUAACCAAGGAUGAUGGCACCUUGUCAUAUGAAGGGUCAGAGGCGAAUGCUGUAAAUAUCAAUCAUGAAACCCUGUUCGAUGACCUAAAACUAAAGUUAGCUGAAAUGUGUAAUUUGGAUCAGAAUACCAUUUCUAUCAAGUACUUCCUCCCUGGAAAUAGGAGAAAUCUCAUUACAUUAAGAAAUGACAAAGACCUGAAGAGGAUGAUUGAUUAUCAUGGGAAUUCAGUAACUGCUGAUAUCUUUGUUAAUGGAAAUGAAGGAUUUGACCAUGAUGCGUGUAAAAUGCACACAAGCAGGGACAGUGGUGUGAAACUCGCUGAGACAGUAAACCAUAUUCCCACACCCUUAGCUCCUGCUUCUCCCAAUGUCAGUAACCUUAUGGCUUGCCAUGCUAAAACUUCACUUGAUGCAGCAGCUGCUGAUAAGAAUGCAGAAAGCUCAAGUCCGGGUCAAACAUAUACGGCUUCACCUGUGUCUUCUGGACAUUGUGCAGACCAUGAUUGUGACUACCAGCCACAGUUAGGUGUCAAUUCUGAUAUUCGUCAGAGUCCAGUAGGUUUAGACAUGAGUGGUAGUCCAGCAGAUACUGUCAAAAAGAGGAGGCGUACUGCCUCCUGGAUGAUUGGUGCUCAUGGUCCAACUAUUGUUGCUGUAAGUGAUAAUGAUGUGAACAGGAGAAAGCGAAAAAAAAAUAACCAAGGAGAAGAUAGUUUAGCUCUCAUUGAUGACUUGGAACACUCCGAAGAUAUUGCUGCAGUGACAAAUCAUCUCGAAAACUCAUCCACAGUUGCUUUACCUGAUGAUGGUCUGCCAGAAAAAUUAGUUGCUUCAUGGAAAGAUUGCAUCACCGGUGUAGGACAGGACUUUAUAAGUGUGAAAGAGUUUAGAGAGGCCCUGCAAAAGUAUGCUAUAGCUCACCGCUUUGUCUACAAAUUGAAGAAAAAUGACUCAAAUCGUGCAAGUGGCAUAUGUGUUGAGGAAGGCUGCUCGUGGAGUAUCCAUGCAUCUUGGGUUCCUGCCUCUCAGUCAUUUAGGAUUAAAAAGUUCAAUAACUCACAUACUUGUGGGGGGGAAUCUUGGAAGAAUGCCCAUCCAGCAAAGAAGCUGUUGGUCAGUGUUAUAAAGGACAAAUUGCGAGAUUCCCCACAUCACAAGCCCCGAGAAAUAGCUAGAAGCAUUUCUCGGGACUUCGGGAUUCAGUUGAAGUAUACACAAGUAAGGCGUGGGAUAGAGGGUGCUCGGGAGCAACUUCAGGGUUCAUAUAAAGAAUCAUAUAAUCGCUUGCCUUGGUUCUGCAAAAAGUUGGUGGAGACAAAUGCUGGUAGUUUUGUCAAGCUGGAGACAAAUGAAGAGAAAAGACUCCGAUGCCUUUUUGUCUCCUUCCUUUCCUGUGUAGAAAGCUUCCAGAAUGUUUGCCGUCCCAUUCUUUUCCUCAACGCUACUUCUCUAAAAUCAAGAUACCAAGAGAGUUUGUUAACAGCCACUGCAGUGGAUGCAGAUGAUGGAUUCUUUCCAGUUGCAUUUAGCAUAGUUGAUAGUGAAAAUGAUGACAACUGGCAUUGGUUUUUGGAGCAACUAAAAUCUGCCAUAUCAACUUCUUCACCCUUGACUUUUGUCUCAGAUAGGGAGAAGGGGCUACAAAAGUCUGUGCAUGAGGUAUUUGAGAAUGCUUACCAUGGUUAUUCCAUUCAUCACCUUUUGGAAAGUUUCAAGCGAAACUUGAAGGGUCCGUUCCACGGAGAAGGAAGGGGUGUUUUACCCGGAAAACUUCUGGCUGCUGCACAUGCUGUUCGACUUGGUGGUUUCAAAAGAAUCACAGAAGAAAUCAGGCAGAUCUCUUCAGUUGCUUAUGAUUGGGUAAUGCAGAUUGAACAAGAACAUUGGACAUGUUUGAGUUUUAGAGGUGAGCGAUAUAACUAUAUUGUACAGAAUGUAGCAGAACCCUACGGCAAGCUGAUGGAAGAAAUCAGAGAAUCAACUAUAAUGCAGAAGAUAGAAGCACUCAUAUACAUGAUAAGCCAAGUAAUAGACAGUCGACAGACGGGGUCGAGCACAUGGGCCACAAGACUGACUCCAUCAAAAGAAGAAAGGAUACAAGAAGCGACUCUUGAAGCUCAUGGUCUAAGAGUAUUCAUCUCCUCAGAUGUUCUAUUCGAGGUUCAUGAUGAUUCUACACACGUUGUCGAUAUUCAAAGAUGGGACUGCACUUGCCUAGAAUGGAAAGCCAGCGGCUUACCCUGCCGGCAUGCUGUUGCUGCUUUCAGCUGCUCGGGGAAGUCCGUCUACGACUUCUGUUCAAAAUACUUCACCGCGGAGAGUUACCGCUCAACAUAUUCAAAGUCCAUAAAUCCUAUCCCUGGGAUCGGUUCGCCUACGACAAAAGAAGAUGGCGAUGAAACGGUGCUUCCUCCGGUCCCCCGCUCCCCGAAUCAAUUAAAGAAGGAGCAGAGUAAAAUGGAUGAUCCGGAUAGGAGAACAGUGACUUGUUCCAAAUGUAAAGAGCCUGGACACAACAAGGCUUCAUGUAAGGCCAAUUCAUAGAAACUAUUCUUCAUGUGUAAAUGUUGUACAGCUUGUAUAUCCUAUAUAUCCCAUACAGCUUACUUUUGAGAAGAAACUUUGAGCCACCUUCUAUGGCAAUUGGUAUCUUAUUUAUUUGGUAUAAGCAAUAAUAUAUAUUGGUUUAAUCUGA